AUGCCCUCCCAUCAACGUGAAACGAAAAGCCGCGCAGCUGAUGCGCCAAGAAGAGAUGCAUCUAUCACCGCCUCGGCUGGUGCCAGUGGGCCCCCUGGCACCUCGCAGGAUUCAAAUGCUCUUCUCAGGGGCAGCGUAGCGCGCAGCCACAGCAUCGAGCCGUGGGAUGCUGCAGACAGAGGGCGCGGCAAACGCGCAGCUGCUGCAGGCACUGGAAGCAUCGAUCGGCUGGAAAGCAGCAGGAGAGGAUUUUAUGGAGGCCCCUCUGGCUCGGCUAUAGCAGCGGACGCUGGCAGCAGCGCCUCUUCGAAUCCAAGCGGUGAUCACGGACGUCGCGCUGCUGGGGAAGUCGUGGCUUCUCGCAGCAGUAGCAGAGCCCACCCACAGGGGGGGCCCCCUCUUGUGGCUCGCCGCAAUAGCACUGCCAGCCUGGCUUCCAGCUCAUCCGAAUCGCAAGACGAGGAAGCCACCUGUCCUCUGUGUCUCGAAGCGCUCGAUGAGACUGACAGGGGCCUCUUUCCUUGCGAAUGUGGCUAUCAGGUGUGCUUGUGGUGUCUCCACCACAUCCGAGAUCACCUUGCGAAUAAGUGCCCAGCCUGCAGGCGGGACUAUGAUGAGAAGAAAUUCAAAUAUGAUCAAUCGCGCGUCGUAGAACUCACGAAGCAAAUUGGUCGCAAGUCGAGAGAGAAAGUCUGCGGCUCUGCAGAGGCGACACGCAGCGGGAGCAGCGGCAGCGUUCCUGUCAGCAGGACGGGAUGCACGGCAGCAGCUGCGCGAGGAGGUGCUGCGAGUAGUGGCCUAGGUGUAUCCAGCAGCAGCAGCAGCAGCAGUCGGGGGCUUCCAGUGCAGCAGCAGGGGGUAGGAGCUGCAAGGCUUGGCUCCAGAGAGGCGGCAGUGCCUGCUCCCGCGCAAGCUGCAGCCUUGAAGGACGUUCGUGUUAUUCAGCGGUGCCUCGUGUAUGUCAUAGGGAUACCCCCUUCCAUUGCAAAAAAGGAGAUUCUGCGACGCCACGAAUUCUUUGGCCAGUACGGCAAGGUUCUUCAGAUAGUCGUCAACAAGAACCAAGGACACUGGGGAGGCCCCUCUUUUGCAGUGUAUGUGACCUACUCGUCUAGCAAAGAAGCUGUUGCGGCAAUUCAGGGGGUUGACGGGGCAGUCUACGAAGGUCGCACCCUCAAGGCCUCUUUCGGAACCACCAAGUAUUGUUCGCACUUUUUAAAGGGUGUGAAGUGUCAGAAUCCAGACUGCUCCUAUCUGCAUCAGCUUGGAUCCGGCAAAGAUAGCUUCACGAAGGAGGCGAUGAUCAGCGCGAAGCACCAAUUCUUGGAUUUGACAUUUCCAAGCAACUCUGAGCGAAAGCCGACCACCAGUCUGUUUGGCAAGCUCCCUGAUGCAGCGAACCGCAACACGCAAAGAGAGGACCCUCUUGAGGUAGGCUACGCAACAGGUGUUGCUGUGGAUGUUCUUCAACGAGCAAACACCCUUAGUGACGCAGCAACAGCGGCCUCUUCUUCUGCUGCUCCCGCUUCUUCUGCUGCUUCUGCUCCUUCUGCUGCUGCGCCUUCUCCCGCUUUGGCAGGGAUGGCCGUUGCUGCAGCCACUGCCCCGGAGGACGAGGAUAAAACUCCCCGCAAUGCUUCUGGGACCAAGUCUAAAAUGAAGCCUCAAGGCACCGUCUGCAGCACAUGGGCAUCAGUCGCUGCUGGUGGCGUCAAGCCAAGUGCUGCUGCUGCUGCUUUGUCCUCGCCGGCGGCGCCAGCACCAGCAGCAGAAUCUGCGCAUGUUGUUGGAAAGCUGCGGGGAUCUUCAGCGGCUUCCGACCGUAUUGCAAGUCAGUCAGCGCAGCAGCAGCAACAGCAGCAACAGCAGCAGCAGCAGCAGCAGCAACAACAGCAGCAACAGCAACAGCAGCAGCACAAGGGCUCGAGGAGUUGGGGAGCGGCUUUGGAAGCAGCAGCAGCAGCAGCAGCAGCAGUUUUAGCGGCGGUCUUGGCAGCAAUAGGAACUCUGGGAGCAGCAGCAGCAACAGCAGAAUGGUUCGAGCAACUGAGCAGCAGCAGCAUUAGCAACAGCACCAGCAGUAGCAGCUACUGCCCUUCCCGCUUUGCAUUCGCCUCGAGUAAAGAUGACGGCGAGCCGCUGUUUGAAAUUCCUGGUGUGGAGGACUGUCUUCAGUGGCUUGCCAGCCCGAGUGCUGCAGCCUCCGCGGCAGCUGCUGCUACUGCUGCUGCAGCAGCAGCAGCAGCAGCAGCAGCCACGGGAGUCUAUCACAGGCCGCCUGCUCAGCACCCGCAACACCAGGGGCCUCUCGUCUCUAGUGCAGAUCGCUCGUCUCUCGCAGAUGCCAGCGUAAAUAGGCUUCCCUUUUCUUUGCCUCUUGAAGAGGGCUGGCCUCAGCAGCAGGAGCACAAAGACUUCAUCUUUGGGCCUGGCGUUGGCGGAGCCUCGCUGUCGUCUUCUUCUGCGCAUCAGCAGCAACGAGCAGCUGCCGAGCGCUGGCGUCGAGCCCAACCCCCGCCCCCCCCUUCCCUGAUGCUGCAGGCAAAGUCGACGUCUGUUGCUCUGCCUGUUGAUCGGCUCGACCCCCACAGUCAGCAGCAGCAACAGCAGCAACAACAGCUACUGGCGCAGCAGCAGGAACAGCUACAGCAAAUGGUCAGACAGCAGCACCAGCAGCAACAACAGCAACAGCAACAAUGCAGGGCUCGCCCUACAGCUGCUGCAGGACCUGCAGAUCAGCUGCAGCAGCAGCCACAGUUGCUUGUGCAGCAGCAACAACAGCAGCAGCAGCAACAGCAGCUCGCGUUGCUGCAGCAGUUGCUGCCUGCUGCUUGCGGGAUUGGACGCGGGGGAGGAUCGGCAUCUCAAGGAAGUCAGGAGGAAGCGCUCAAACUGUUACUCUCCCUUAUUCCCAGCUCUGGUAACCACGCACAGAGGGUCGCACCGCCGUUACUCCGUGAAAGGGAUGGGACGAUGCGCAUGCGUGCCCCCAGGGGGCCCCCCCCCCCUUCUUCGGUGCUGCCUCGAAAUUCGAUGAGGACGCAGGAGACUGCCGACGGUAGCUGGGAACUAGCCGCUGCCGGGGUUGCCUCCGACGGGGUCCGUGGUAGAUCGGCGAACUGCCGGCAUUCUGUCUCAGCUGAGCUGUCUGACAGAGGAGGCGCAAAUGCUGCGUGUGGCUCCUACGCGUCGAUGGAGGGGCAUGCGUCGGAAGUUCUCCAUUUCGCUGCAGGGGCCGAUGCUGCCCGCGGAGGGGCUUCAGGGUGUGCCUUGCCUGAUGCUGGGAGUGCGCCUCCUGUGUGUUCUCCCCCAUCGCUGCCCCCUGGAAACGAGCUUCUCCCUUUUCUGCAGAGGCAAAGGAUGCAGCAAAUCCAGCAGCAGCAGCAGCAGCAGCUGCAGCAGCUGCAGCGGGCCCUUGAGUCGCAGCGAUUAGAGUGA